ACGUGUAUGGCAACAUAUGUAUGUAUGAACAAGUGACAACAAAAAGCACGAUCACGAGUUCAAUGGUUCAUCCACCCGCAAAUUGUAGACUUUUGUCAUUGUACUAAAAUUUAACAUAAAUAACUUAACUCAAAGUAAAUCAGCUGUGCUGCUGUAUGUGUAGUUGUGCGAAUUCCUUUUCACGCAGCAAAGCCGCUAUAGCGUCCUAUCGUUCUAGUCUGGCAGUCAUUUUCAUGAAUUCAAACCAUACAGUACCAUUAUGACAGCGAACAGCCCACAGCGCAGAGUGAUCGUGGACGUCGACGUCGGUACGGACGACGCCUGGGCUUUGCUGUUGCUGUUAAAGUGCGAAAAAAAGUUCAACUUCAAGGUCGAAGCCAUCAGCUGUACCCACGGAAACACAGACGUAAAUAAUGCUGCGCGAAAUGUGCUACGAAUUCUGGCAGCCAUCGGCAGAACGGAUGUACCGGUAUACAAAGGAGCUAGCGAGCCACUGAUUACGCCGGCUGCGGUGCACGAGCAACACUUCCAUGGGCUCGAUGGUUUCGGAGAUCUCGACUUUGAGCUGCCAGAUGAAAGUUUGAUCAAACCGGAGCAUGCCGUGAGCGAGCUCUUUCGUAGGGUAUCAGCAGAUCCUGGAAAUAUUUCCUUGAUUUUUGUUGGACCUCUUACGAAUAUGGCCCUAUGUUUAAAAAUGUACCCAGAAAUUCGGAACAAAAUUCGAGAUCUCUUCAUUAUGGGCGGUAAUCGGCACGGGGUCGGAAAUGUUACCAGAGCGGCAGAGUUUAAUUUUUGGGCCGAUCCUGAAGCAGCGCAUAUCGUGUUCAAUAAUGUGCAGUGUCCAAUUACGCUGCUUCCCUGGGAGACGUGCGUAUCGGAGCACAAAGAUCUGUCGAUGGAAUGGAGAAUGAAUGUCGUGGGCAGUAGCGCCAAUAAGGCUGUACAAAUGUUGAACCAAGUAGAGGCAAAGUGCUACAAGAAGUGGAUGAUGUGGAUGCCUUGUGAUGCAUUUCUAGCUGCUGUGUUUGUUAAGCCAAGCAUAGUUACACAUGCGGAGAACUUUCAUGUUGACAUUGAACUUUCUGGGCGGUUGACCAGAGGUCAAGUGGUACCAGAUCAUCUCAAGUCCAGCAAGGACAAUACUCGCAUCGUCGAUAAAUUGGAUGGUGAGCAGUUCAAACUGUUGAUGCUGUAUGCGGCUGAUCAUGAUGUCGAGCAGCAGUUGUAGAAUAAAGACAAAUUUCGAAAUCACCAUCAUCACUUCACUGGAAUAGAAAGAAAGCAAUGAUUCUCAGUUUAAUCUAUCUAAUAAAUAUUUCAGAUUUAGUAUUGGUGUCGUCGUUUGA